CCCCCGCGGGAGGAGAUAUUACUGGAGAGCUGAAUUGGAACAUUGUAUGCCGGAGCCUGGAGUGAUCUCUGUACGAUUGUGUGUAUGUUGUUCUUGGAAUUGGCAGGGCAACGGGCCCCGGAACCAGCAGGUGUUAUCUAUAUGGAGCACAGCGGCUGUAGCCCAUUCCCAAUAUGCUGGGCUAAAGAAUAUGACAGAUACCUAGCAUCCAGCAAAAGCAUGGCAGCAGCUUACCUAGAUCCAAACUUGAAUCACACUCCAAGUUCAAGCACAAAGACGCAUCUCAGUACUGGGAUGGAGCGUUCCCCAGGGGCCAUGGAACGAGUCCUAAAGGUUUUCCAUUACUUUGAAAACAACAGCGAGCCAGCAACAUGGGCGAGCAUUAUACGUCACGGGGACGCCACAGAUGUUUGGGGCAUAAUCCAGAAAAUAGUGGAUAGUCACAAAGUUAAGAAUGUAGCCUGUUAUGGUUUGCGUCUCAGUCACCUGCAGUCAGAGGAAGUUCAUUGGCUGCAUCCAGACAUGGGAGUAUCCAAUGUGCGAGAGAAAUUUGAACUAAGUCAUGCUCCAGAGGAAUGGAAAUAUGAACUGCGAAUCCGAUAUUUACCGAAAGGAUUUUUGAACCAGUUUACUGAAGACAAACCAACGUUAAAUUUUUUCUAUCAGCAGGUGAAAAAUGAUUAUAUGACAGAAAUAGCAGACCAGGUGGACCAGGAAAUUGCCUUGAAGCUAGGUUGCCUUGAAAUCCGGAGAUCGUACUGGGAGAUGAGAGGCAACGCACUAGAAAAGAAAUCCAACUAUGAAGUAUUAGAGAAAGACGUCGGUUUAAAAAGAUUUUUCCCGAAGAGUUUGCUGGAUUCAGUGAAGGCCAAAACACUACGAAAACUGAUCCAGCAAACAUUUAGACAGUUUGCCAACCUCAACAGAGAAGAAAGUAUUUUGAAAUUCUUUGAGAUUCUUUCGCCGGUGUACAGAUUUGACAAGGAAUGCUUCAAAUGUGCCCUCGGUUCAAGUUGGAUUAUUUCGGUGGAGCUGGCUAUUGGGCCAGAAGAAGGAAUCAGUUACCUGACUGACAAGGGUUCCAAUCCUACCCACCUGGCUGACUUCCAUCAAGUCCAGACCAUCCAGUAUUCAAGCAGUGAAGAUAAGGAUAGGAAAGGAGUGUUACAGAUGAAAAUUGCUGGAGCGCCAGAGCCUCUGACAGUGACAGCACCAUCCUUAACUAUUGCAGAGAACAUGGCUGAUUUGAUAGACGGCUAUUGCCGACUGGUCAACGGUGCUACGCAGUCCUUUAUCAUCAGGCCUCAGAAAGAAGGUGAAAGAGCUUUACCAUCUAUACCAAAGCUGGCCAACAAUGAGAAACAAGGAAUCCGGUCGCAUGCAGUCUCUGUAUCAGAUGAAAUUAGUGGGGACGAAACAGACGAUUACGCAGAGAUUAUAGAUGAAGAAGACACUUACACCAUGCCCUCGAAAUGCUAUGGAAUAGAUGAAGCCAGGGAUUACGAGAUUCAGAGAGAACGGAUUGAACUGGGCCGCUGCAUCGGUGAAGGGCAGUUUGGAGAUGUCCAUCAAGGAGUUUACGUGACCCCAGAAAACCCUGCCAUGGCGGUUGCAAUCAAAACAUGUAAAAAUUGCACCUCCGACAGUGUGAGAGAGAAGUUCUUGCAAGAAGCCUUAACGAUGCGGCAGUUUGAUCACCCCCACAUCGUCAAGCUGAUCGGCGUCAUCACAGAAAACCCCGUCUGGAUCAUAAUGGAGCUCUGUACGCUAGGAGAGCUGAGGUCGUUUUUGCAAGUAAGAAAAUACAGCUUGGAUCUGGCAUCUUUGAUACUAUAUGCUUAUCAACUUAGCACAGCACUUGCCUACUUAGAAAGCAAAAGAUUUGUACAUAGAGAUAUUGCUGCUAGAAACGUGCUGGUGUACUCCACCGACUGUGUGAAAUUAGGUGACUUCGGUUUGUCUCGCUAUAUGGAAGACAGCACAUAUUAUAAAGCUUCCAAAGGAAAACUGCCCAUCAAAUGGAUGGCACCCGAGUCCAUCAACUUCCGACGUUUUACCUCAGCUAGUGACGUAUGGAUGUUUGGUGUGUGUAUGUGGGAGAUUCUGAUGCACGGCAUCAAGCCUUUCCAGGGUGUGAAGAACAACGACGUGAUUGGGCGCAUCGAGAAUGGCGAGCGGCUACCGAUGCCCCCCAACUGCCCCCCUACUUUGUACAGCCUUAUGACCAAAUGUUGGGCCUACGACCCCAGCAGGAGGCCAAGAUUUACAGAACUUAAAGCUCAGCUCAAUACGAUACUGGAGGAAGAGAAGCUGCAGCAGGAAGAGCGGAUGAGGAUGGAAUCGAGGCGACAAGUCACCGUGUCCUGGGAUUCGGGAGGAUCGGAUGAGGCUCCUCCCAAGCCCAGUAGACCUGGUUAUCCCAGUCCAAGGUCCAGUGAGGGUUUUUAUCCCAGUCCACAGCACAUGGUACAGCCAAAUCAUUACCAGGUCUCAGGCUAUCCCAGUUCCCAUGGGAUCCCAGCGAUGGCAGGUAACAUUUAUCCAGGACAGACUUCUCUCUUGGAUCAAACAGAAUCCUGGAACCAUCGGCCUCAGGAAAUCUCCAUGUGGCAGCCCAACAUGGAGGAUUCUAGCAGUUUGGACCUGCGAGGAAUAGGGCAGGUUUUACCGACACACCUCAUGGAGGAGAGGCUGAUACGGCAGCAGCAAGAAAUGGAGGAAGAUCAGCGUUGGCUGGAAAAGGAGGAAAGAUUCCUGAAGCCUGACGUGCGGCUGUCCAGAGGCAGCAUCGAUCGAGAAGACGGGAGUCUCCAGGGUCCGGCAUCUAACCAGCAUAUUUAUCAGCCUGUGGGUAAACCAGAUCACUCUGCCCCACCAAAGAAACCGCCUCGCCCAGGGGCUCCCAGCAAUCUGGGUAGCCUUGCCAGCCUCAACAGCCCAGUGGACAGCUACAAUGAGGGGGUCAAGAUCCAGCCGCAAGAGAUCAGUCCUCCCCCAACGGCCAACUUGGACCGGUCAAACGACAAGGUGUAUGAGAACGUCACUGGCCUGGUGAAAGCGGUCAUCGAGAUGUCUAGCAAGAUCCAGCCAGCUCCACCGGAGGAGUAUGUCCCCAUGGUGAAGGAGGUGGGUUUAGCGCUAAGGACUCUGCUGGCCACUGUGGAUGAGACCAUCCCCGUCCUUCCAACAAGCACUCACAGGGAGAUUGAGAUGGCUCAGAAGCUCCUGAACUCAGACCUGGCUGAGCUGAUCAGCAAGAUGAAGCUGGCUCAGCAGUACGUCAUGACCAGCCUGCAGCAGGAGUACAAAAAGCAGAUGCUGACGGCCGCUCACGCUCUGGCCGUGGAUGCCAAAAACUUGCUCGACGUUAUUGACCAAGCCAGGCUAAAAUCCAUCAGCCAGUCCAGGCCCCACUAGAGGUGGAGGGUGGCGUUCACACCGCGCUGUUUAGAAAGAGGCGCUCUCGCCGGGAGAGCCAGCGUCAGCCUUCCAGCAGAAAUGAGGAACGGUCUCUGCGUGGCUCUGGGUUUCGAGCAAUUCCCAUCCGGCUUCACUGAAUGGCACCUGUCGGCUCUCUUCUCUUUUCUCAUACUUUUAAAGCAAGGGUUUGUUUUGAAAUAAUCCACAAUGCCAAGUAAGGUCUGAGAUCCAAAAUAAAAAUUAAAAAAAGGCAAUUUCCACAGAACUCUGUACAGACGCCUGAACGGUGGAAACCGAUUUGAAAUGUCUUUUUGCAUCACAUGGAAUGUGACUCACUCAAAUUUCUUUUUAAAAGAAAAGAGAAACGCCUCCGAUCUAGAACUGUCUCCAGGCUGCAGAACUGAGCUCGAUAUUGUGAAGAAUUCUGGGAAACCUCAGGGCUGAGAAUUCUUGCCUGCGAUCCAUCUUAUGUGGACUCUCCAGACUGGAAUACUUUUUUUUAAUUAGAACACUUAAUGCCACAAGAAAUGCUAAUCACAAUUUACAGAGAAAGAAGAUUUUAAAAAGCUAUAUUUUCAAAGCGUCAGUCAUAAACUAAAAGUCCUCUUCAUCUGUUGUCCCUCCCCCAACCCAUUCCAUGUGGAUGUGACCCAUUGGAUCAGAACCGUAGCCAUAGAAACAGAGAACUUGAUCUCUCUCCAACCAGAAUAACGUGCCAGUUUUUUGUAGCAUUGUUAUUUUCCUCGGAAGCAAACACAAACAAGAAAACAGAAAAGCUGCUUUGUACCAGAGCAACUCGAGAGCUGCAUUUAGAAGGAAAAGAAAGUUCUGUAACCAUACAUGUCCCCCAUUUUUAUAUAAUUUAUAAAGAUUAAAGCCAUGAUGGAUAUUUUAAA